GGAUUUUAAUACACUUUAAUGUAUUAUUAUUUUAGAAACCAUUUCAUUCAAAUUUAAAAUAAAAAUAUUAAUAAAAGGAUUUUUUACCUCAUGAAACAUAAUUAAUGUAUCACCCUCGUAAAACUGCAUUGUAAUUCAUGAUUUCAACGCGCAACAAAUAAUUGCGUGUUAAAAUUUAUUGCUGCUUGCAUCCAGGUGUAAACGCUAUUUCUCUGUGAAACACUGAUAAAGUCUGCGCACACGCAUCGUGUACUCUCCAUCCUUCCAUCCUUGUUGAAUCGAGUAACCCUCAAGCCACAGUCGAAGCUGGAUCCGUCGCGCAUCAUUCGACUUCCCUCUCUUCACUGCACUCGGGAGAAGUCUAUUGUUUAAAUGACACUGUUAUCGCGGUUGCGAACCUGAUGACGCGAAACACUUGUCUUCCGAACAUUGUGAUUACAAUGGAGCUAGAUAGUGCAAAGGAUUUCGAUCUGCUCAUUUUGUAAGAUAACGAAAAAAUAUAUUUAUAAAUUCGCCGGCAAAAUAUGCUUUCGCUAUUUAAUUAAAACAUAUCUAAGCAAAGCAAAAUUCGUGAAUACGUUUGUCAAGAUGUACGGGAUGCUGCUGGAAAGUGUGCAAUAUUUCGUGCAGUUAGAAUUUGGCGAAGAAGUAUGGCUUUGCAUUCUAGAGAAAGCUGAAUGCAAACACAUGGUUUUUAAUACAAGACAAACAUAUCCAGAUGAGCUAAUGACGAAUUUGGCUUUGGCUCUUGCCGAAUAUACCGGUGAUUCUAUGGAUAACAUUAUGCAAUUUUUUGGAAAAUGCUUUGUUAGAUUUUUUAGUAAUUUAGGAUAUGAUUGCACUGUAAAAGCAACUGGUCGUUAUUUUUGUGACUUUUUACAAAGCGUAGAUAAUAUUCACAUGCAAAUGAGAUUCACGUAUCCAAAAAUGAAAAGUCCCUCUAUGUAUACAACGUACGUAGAUGCAGAGGGUGUUGUUUUAGUUUACAGAAGUACUCGACAAGGUUUUACCCGUUAUCUUAUGGGACAAUUAUUUCAAAUCGCGAAAGACUUAUAUAAUAUAGAACUGGAUAUUAAAGUAUUAGAAAUUUCAAAUAAUAUUCCAGGAUCUAGAAGCGUAAUGGUUAAAUUUCGUAUUAAUUUCGACAAUCGUGAAUACAUAGCGAAGAACAGCAGAAUGAAUACUUCACUAGACCUUGAAUUGCCGCCUAUAUCUUGCACAUUUUUCUUACGCCUUUUUCCGUUUGGAGUGGUAAUGAACAAGGAUAUGCGAAUACUUGGAGCUGGUGACAAAUUACUACAAACAUGGGGUGGCACUACAUCCAUUUUAAAUAGGCAUGCUACAGAAAUAUUCAAAUUGAGGAGACCGAAAGGAAUUUCGUUUACUUGGAGAAAUGUAAUAUAUUUGCAUUCAGUGAUAUUCGAAUUGGAACUUAUCAGGGCAAGUGAUCAUCGUUCUUCGAUAAAUUUAGACGAUGCACCAAGUACAAGCAGUGGUUUAGACAGACGUGGGAGUCAAGGCACAAGAAGUAUCUUAUUGAAAGGUCAAAUGAGAUACAUCGAAGAUAUUAAAGCCAUUAUAUUUCUCUGUAGUCCUUUAAUCAAUAGUUUAGAUGAACUCCUUAAUAUGGGUUUGUAUCUGAAUGAUCUGAAUCCACACGGGAUGAGCAAAGAACUGGUGUUGGCAGGAUGGCAGCAUUGCGGAAGAUUAGAAAUGAUGUUUGAGAGGGCGGAGCAAAGAUCGAUGGAACUAGAACACAGCUACGUGUUGCUGGAUCAAUGGAAAAACAAAAGUGACGAGCUUUUAUAUUCUAUGAUUCCACAGACGGUGGUAGAUCGAUUGCGAGCCGGAGCCAGUCCAUUGAGCACUUGCGAGUCAUUUGAAUCAAUAACAGUUCUUUUCUGCGAAUUGUGCGACUUUGAUUAUUCGACUAUCGAAGGGGCGAUGGACAUCGUCUUAUCAAUGAACGCCGUUUUUUCUUGUUUUGAUACGCUGAUGGAUCAGUUUAACGUGUAUAAAGUGGAAACCGUUGGUUGCGUGUAUAUGGCAGCUAGCGGAGCACCGGAUAGAAAUGAAAACCAUGCACAGAAUAUCGCCGAUGUUUCCUUACAACUCAUUGAGCGUGUUCGAUCUCUCAAAUUACCCUCCGGACUGGAUAUACGUAUCCGCAUAGGAAUUCAUUCUGGACCAGCGGUCGCCGGUGUGGUCGGCAUCAAAGUGCCGAGAUAUUGUUUUUUCGGAGACACUGUUAAUACCGCCUCCAGAAUGCAAACUACUAGUCUGCCAGGAAAGGUGCAUAUUUCUUCUAGCACCAAAGCUCUAUUAUCGAAAAGUUGUUAUCAUACCGAAUCACGUGGAGUUGUGCAUGUAAAGACAUUGUCGAACAACAAACGGAAUUUGCCUACCUCAAACGCUCAAGUGCAUUAUAAUAUUACGAAUGCUGAAGUUGCAAUAGACGAAGUGUCUUAUGUCGAUUUCGAUCCUGCGUUUUCAUUUUUGUCUAAAAAACCAAAUGUCUGCAGCAAUUGCGUGUGCGGACUUGGAAGAAAAACGAGAAUUAUUGGUGGCAAUGUGACUAGUGUUUACGACUAUCCCUGGGUAGUUAGCAUGAGUGAAAAAGGCAAGUUUUACUGUGCUGGAAGUUUAAUAACACGGAAGCACGUGCUUACUGCGGCGCACUGUUUACAAGCAUUUGAUAUUAAAACCAUCAAACUUGUUCUGAUGGAUAGCGACCGUUCCUCAAUAAGCAACAAUGCUAUAGUCCGACGUAUUAAAUCAGCAACCGUUCACGAGAAUUACAAUAGUUAUUCAUUUAACAAUGAUAUUGCAAUCAUAGAGAUGGAUGAACCCGUAUCUAUAAAUGGCAUUGUACGAACAGCAUGUUUACCAGAAGAUAAAAUGAUUGAUUACACUGGAGCAUUGGCAACCGUGGUUGGAUGGGGUCGAACGGGGGAGACCAAACCAGUAAGUGACGAAUUACGAAAAGUCAAUCUGCCGAUCUUAUCACGAGAGGAAUGCGAUCAAGCUGGAUACGCGAAAAAUCGCAUUACUGAAAAUAUGUUUUGUGCCGGCUACAUAUUACAUCCAGAAGGAGCGGAAGGAGGACGAGAUGCUUGUUUCGGUGAUAGCGGUGGUCCUUUACAUGUUAAAGGAAUUUAUGGACAACUUGAAGUAGUAGGCAUUGUUUCUUGGGGCCGUGGAUGUGGAAGACCAAAUUUCCCAGGAAUCUUUACAAAACUAACAAAUUACAUUGGAUGGCUUAAAGAUCAUUUGGACGACGAAUGCGUUUGUCCUCCACCUCAUCGACAAUAAAAUAAAUUUGUUACUUAUUUUUAUUUAACUUAUUGUUAUAAAUUGCACAAACGUAAUUAUCACAGAAAAAUAGUAAAUAUUGGAUUUUAGUUUAAUAUUUAUCCGAUCAUUAAGUUUAAUUAUUAAGUUUAAGAAAAAAAUAGAGAAUAACAGUAAAGAAUGUUCUCAUUCUUUUACAUUCAUAUUGUAGCUUCAUUAUAAAUAUGUAAUUUAUCUUAUACAACUCAAAAAAUAUUUUCAUAUUUUACAAGUUUCAUACUAGAUACUAUAUAAAUAUAUAAAUAUUAUAUC